GCAGCAACACCUGCAAAACUGUCAAAUAAAUUUUAAAAAGAAUCAAGCUUGAGCUGAGCUGACUUUGGAUCGAUAUAUGAUACGAACAAUAUCAAUGGAUUUUAUACAUUAACUUACGUAUUGAUUAUCACUUUUAUUAAUGAGUUCUACUAUAUGACAAUCAAAGCUUUUGUAAUAAUGGAUAUACCAUUUCCUGAAACGACACCGCGUUUCAUCGACUCGAAAUGGUUUAGUGCAGACACCCCUUGCGACGAAGACGCAGAGUUGACGGCUUUGGAGCAAUCAAACCAGAACUGGUUUAAAUUUAUUUCGUUGCAGUUAAGUAAUGUUGGGCAGCAAUACAAGGCUCGGGCGCCGCUGGGUAAGGCCGACCCGGAGCCCAUGGAGGAGUGUGAGUCGGAAGAGGAAGAGGAUUCAGUGCAAAUAGUGGAAGACUCAGACGAAGUAGAGGAGGAGCCAGAACCUCCAAACAUGAACCACGAUGUGGACUUGUUGCAAAUACACGAGGAUUCUAGCCACGACGACGACGCUGGCAACGUUUACAAUGAACAAGACACGCACAAAAUCGGAGACGACUCUGAUGACGAUUUAGAAUCUGACAACUCACCGCCGUCAACUGAAAACUGGGGUGAUGACGACCACAACGUUUGUUGUGGUGCUACCGCUGGCAACGACGAGUCUGACGAAUCUGAAGAAUCUCACGACGAGGACGAGGAGGAAGAUCUGCAGCAGAGCUACCCGCCGGCGCGGAGCGAGCAGCCGCGCACCCUGGACCUUACCGACUCCUCGGAACCCAACAUGUCAGACCAGGGCACUCUGUGGCCGUAGCCGGGGAUUGACUCAUCCGGAUUUCUAUAAAGGACGAAUGAGUGUUAAGUUUAAGGUGCGAUUGCGGCAACGCAGUUUCCGAAAGGAUUAUUUUAGUUGACGGUUUGGCCGCAUUACAGGCCAUGAUGGCUGUAUAUUGUCCAAGUUUACGAAACGCGUGCCUGUCGAAAUAUUAACGCUCUGAGCGAAUUAGCACGAUGCUUACGCUGGCAUCGAGUCCCAUAGGUACAUUUGGUUUUUACAUUGGCGGUAACGCAGCGACGUAGCAGUGCAGCGUCUAGCGAAUUCGCUCGGAGCGUUUUUCUGUGGCUCAGCGUAACGCACUUUACUAUUAAACUGCACGCUACAGCUUAGCAAAAAAGAGUGAAAUUUGGCAACACUGUAGCGUCGUCCCGUUUUCUUAUAUGUAUUGGUUUGAAAGGGACGACACUACAGGGUUGCCGCUUUUUAAUUUCUACCCUUUUUUGCCAAGCUGUACAGAGAAACGAUGAUGACAAAUAUGUAUGUAGAUAUAAUUAGGUAAAUUUAAUUCCACGAAGGUAAUACUCGUACAUGUGUAGUUACCAUUCAUUUAAAAUGCAGGACUACUUUUUGGUACACACCGGAAUUAAUUGAUUUAGUUUAUAGAUUGUACAAUAUUGUGACGUAAUAUUGUUCAAAUCCAUCCUUUCCUGAAUUAUAGUUCGUUUUUUUAGCAUCAGAAAUAAGGUAAACAAUCUCGAUGUGUCUUUUAAUUGAAAAACACAUUUUAAAAAUAAGUUAUGGCAAAUAUGUAACAAUUAUGAUUCUAAUACGGUCAUUUUUAUUUUUCUGCUUUCAUAAGUAAUAGUUAUUGAUUUUUAAAAAGCGUUUUUAUUAAAAGACAUGUCAAGAUCGCUUACCUUCAUUCAAGUUCUUUCUAAUGCUAAUAAAAAAACGAACUAUAGUUAGGCAUCACCCGGUUUCUAAAAAAAUGAAAAUUAUACACCGUGUUUUUAUUGAAUUCCGUUAACUUCGGGGUAUGGUUAAAUACGUUCAAGAGAACUAAAUGCCAUAGUUAAUUGUAAAUAAAAAUAUUUUUUUGUUUUUUUUUUAUAAAAAAAAAAUGUUUAAAAAGUAAUUAAAUGUAGCAUGUAGCGUUGUUGUAAGACGGGCAUUACAUUUAACUCAACCAAACAAUUGAAAUCUGUGACAUAUCAAUGUCAUUUCGAACAUCGAU